AUGAUGGCGUCAUCCAAAGGGUCCUGGACGCCCGACUCUUGGCGCUCCAAGCCCAUCAAGCAGGUGCCCGACCUCGAUCCCGCCGCCGUAGCCCGUGCCGGCGCAGAGCUCAGCAACCUCCCGCCGCUCGUGACGCCCAAGGAGAUCCUCAAGCUCAAGGCGGAGCUCCGCGCCGUGGCCCGCGGCGAGGCCUUCCUCCUGCAGGGCGGCGACUGCGCGGAGCUGUUUGAGUACUGCAACCAGGCCGCCAUCGAGAGCAAGAUCAAGCUCCUGCUGCAAAUGUCCCUCGUGCUGAUUCUUGGCUGUGACAAGCGCGUUGUCCGCAUCGGCCGCAUGGCUGGCCAGUAUGCCAAGCCCCGCUCCAGCGACACGGAGACCCUCGCGGACGGGCGUGUCGUGCCCAGCUUCCGCGGCGACAUCUUGAACUCGUAUGACAUCGACCAGCGGGCCCUCGACCCGGCCAGGCUUGUCAAGGCGUACCACUAUUCCGCUGCCACUCUCAACUACAGCCGUGCCGCCGCAUCGAGCGGUAUCGCCGACCUGAACCGGCCCAUGGACUGGGACCUGGGCCACGUCCAGGACCCGCGCCUCAAGGACAAGUACAGCGGCAUUGUGAACGCGCUCCAGACGAGCAUGCGCUUCAUGAACACCAUCGGUGCCCUGGGCAGCGACAGCGCCUCCGUCUCAACGGUCGACCUCUUCACCAGCCAUGAAGGCCUGGUGCUCGAGUAUGAACAGCCGCUGACGCGGCCCUUCUCGUCCGCCGCUAUCUACGGCGGCGCCAAGACCCAGCGAGGCGGAGCCUCGACCACACCGAUGCUCAACAACGGCGGCCAGGGCCAGGGCCAGGACGAGAACGAGACCCAGUACUACGACACGUCGGCGCACUUCCUCUGGAUCGGCGACCGCACGCGACAGAUCGACGGCGCCCACGUCGAGUUCUUCCGGGGCAUCGCCAACCCGAUCGGCGUCAAGGUGGGCCCGUCCACGCCGACGUCCGACCUGCUCGAGCUGCUGCGCACCCUGAACCCGGCCCGCGAGGUCGGCAAGAUCACCCUCAUCACGCGGUACGGCGCCGCCAAGGUCAAGGACCUGCUGCCCGCCCACAUCCGCGCUGUCGAGGACAGCGAGUACGCCCGCACCGUCGUCUGGCAGUGCGACCCCAUGCACGGCAACACCCGGUCCACGGCCACCGGCGUCAAGACCCGCCGCUUCGGCGACAUCUUUGCCGAGCUGCAGGAGACCCUGCGCAUCCACAAGGAGCAGGGGAGCUACCUGGGCGGCGUGCACCUGGAGCUGACGGGCGAUGCCGUCACCGAGUGUCUCGGCGGCAGCGAGGAGCUGGACGAGGACGACCUGGCCGUGCGCUACACGAGCCUGUGUGACCCGCGCCUGAACGAGAAGCAGGCUCUGGAGCUGGCGUUUGAGAUUACGCAUCACUACCGAAACGAGGCAGAUCACUAA